CUUCUGAUCAGGCUCAGUACAGGGUAGGUCAGUGGAACGGAGAGAGGGGAGAGAGCGAGAGAGAGAGUGAGAGAGGGAGAGAGGGUGCCCCAUCCAUGAACUAGCCCCUGGAGGAGUUCACUGCAAACUUAUGGCUGUAUGAAAAAUAACGCUAUUUUCUCCUUUCUCUGGGAUCUUGGCUACGAGUUCUCUCCUGAUCAGAAGUUGUCACAUUUAUUUUAAUUCCUUGAAUUAAGCCACAUUUUCUGUGGACAUCAUUUGGUGGUCAUGGAUACCCAUAUAAGAUGGAAAAUAAAACGGCGGAUAAGGGACUUGCACCUUACUUUAGCUAUAAUUCUUCUCUUUGUAACUUCGCAAGCAAGUUCAGUGGAACCCGCGGAUCUCUUGAAGAUAUUAGAUUUUCCAAGUUUACCAGAAGGCGUAACGAAAACGACGGGAUUUUGCACGCACAGGAAGUCCACGAAAGGAGCGGAUGUGGCAUAUAGAGUAUCCAAAAACGCCCAGCUCAGCGCCCCUACCAAACAGCUGUACCCUUCUUCGGUGUUUCCGGAGGAUUUCUCCAUUCUGGCCACGGUGAAGCCAAAGAAAGGCAGCCAGUCCUUCCUGAUGUCCAUCUACAAUGAGCAGGGCAUCCAGCAACUGGGCAUGGAGGUGGGCCGUUCACCAAUCUUCCUGUACGAGGACCACAUGGGCAAACCCGGCCCCGAGGACUACCCGCUCUUCCGAGGGCUCAACCUGGCUGACGGAAAGUGGCAUCGAGUCGCUAUUAGUGUGCAUAAGAAAACCAUCACAAUGAUAUUGGACUGUAAAAAGCAGACCAAGAAGACCCUGGCUAGAAGUCCACAUCCCAUCAUUGAUACCAAAGGCAUUGUGGUUUUUGGAACUAGGAUACUUGAUGAAGAAGUCUUUGAGGGAGACAUUCAGCAGCUGAUGAUCGUAGCAGAUCACCGGGCAGCAUAUGACUACUGUGAACACUACAGUCCUGACUGUGAGGUGCCCGUCCCAGAUGCCCCUCAGAACCAAGACCCAAACCCAGAUGAAUACAACCCAGACGAUAGCUAUUAUUACGAAUACCCUUACUAUGAGGACAUGACUACCAAGCCCGAAGAGCCAUCCCCAGCUCCAGAUGAGGUUGCAGGUCCCAUCACAGAGGAUGUCGCGGUUGACAUAUUGGACAGCGGCAAGAUAGUGACGACAGUGGAGAAGGUUGAGACCUCAGGAAAGGAGAAAGCCACCUCGGAGGACUCCUAUACCGAGGAGAACAGCCCUUAUGAAAGCUACGACACCUAUGGGAACUAUGAAACCUACUACGACGAAACCACAGCAACGCCUGACUCCUCGAGACGGGUGUCCAUCACUGGCAGCGUGGGCGGUGGGGUGGUGACCGGUACUGGGGUGGACCUGGGACUUGGGGGGAAGAUUGAGCUGGGCACCGGAGGAGACCUGGAAACGAAGAUCACCACAGGCGGCAAGACGAUCACCAUCAGAAAGAACAUCACCCGCGUUGGAGGCCACGAAGACCACUAUGGCGAGGGCUAUGACCUCCCGUACGGAGAAGACUACGAAAUUGUACACAGAGGCGGUGGUGGCAGCAGUUCUGGCGGCUCUGUGAGCGUUGGAGGGGGCUCUGUGAGAGUCGGAGGGGGCUCUGUCGGGGUUGGGGGUGGAAGCGGCUCUGUGGGCACUGGAGGUGGGGGUAGUAGCUCUGUGAGCUUUGGGGUUGGAGGCGGCUCUGUGGGCACUGGAGGUGGGGGUAGUAGCUCUGUGAGCUUUGGGGUUGGAGGUGGCUCUGUGGGCACUGGAGGUGGGGGUAGUAGCUCUGUUAGCUUUGGGGUUGAACACGGCUCUGUGGGCACUGGCACUGGAGGUGGGGGUAGUAGCUCUGUGAGCUUUGGGGUUGGAGGCGGCUCUUUCGGCGUCGAUGGAAGCUCUGUGGGCACUGGAGGCAGUUCAGUCAGUGUCACCUCUGUAGUAACUGGGGGAGGAUCAGCCAGUGCUGGGGCUGGGGCUGGUGCUGGUGUUGAUAUAGGUGUCGGUGUCGGUGCUGGCGCUGGGGCUGGUGCUGUUGGUGGUGCUGGAGGCACCGCCGGUGGCCUGGAGGGUGAAGGCGAUUAUACAGAUCUGGAUGGGUUCAAGGAGGAAUCCAUAAUUGAUUACGGCGAUAACAUCAAGGAUAUCUACGACUCAUACGAUGAUUUGGACUACGACGAUCACGAAGGGCUACCAGCAAAGACGGACGAAGACUACGGACGGGUUGGUGGAGCCAGGGGAGAGAAGGGGCAGAAAGGAGAACCUGCUGUCAUUGAACCUGGAAUGCUGGUGGAGGGUCCGCCAGGUCCUGAAGGCCCUACUGGUCUCCCUGGGCCUCCAGGUACGUCUGGAUCCCCAGGCACUGCUGGAGACCCCGGAGAUAGGGGCCUUCCUGGUCGCCCAGGCCUUCCUGGUGCUGAUGGUCUGCCAGGCCCCCCAGGGACCGUCUUGAUGAUGCCUUUCCGCUUCAGUUCAGGAGGCGACUCUGGACAGAAGGGUCCUGCUGUGUCAGCUCAGCAGGCCCAGAUGCAGGCCCUCAUGCAGCAGGCCAGGCUGGCUCUGAGGGGUUCCACAGGCCCAAUGGGUCUGACUGGGAGGCCUGGACCUUUGGGUCCCCCAGGUGUCUCCGGACUGAAGGGAGAGUCUGGGGACAGUGGUCCACAGGGACCCCGUGGCCCCAUGGGUUCCCCUGGGCCCACUGGGAAACCAGGAAGAAGGGGUCGGGCUGGAGCAGAUGGAGCCAGAGGAAUGCCUGGCCUGACAGGAACAAAGGGCGAUAGAGGGUUCGACGGCCUUGCUGGAUUACCUGGUGAAAAGGGACACAGAGGUGAGUCAGGGCCGCAGGGACCUCCAGGCCCAACAGGAGAGGAUGGUGAAAGAGGCGAUGACGGUGAGGUCGGACCACGGGGCCUUCCAGGCGAGCCUGGGCCUCGCGGUUUGCUAGGACCAAAGGGACCCCAAGGACCUCCUGGAUCUCCUGGAGUAACUGGAAUGGAUGGCCACCCUGGACCCAAAGGAAAUAUUGGUCCGCAAGGAGAGCCUGGGCCGAACGGACAGCAGGGGAAUCCUGGGGCUCAGGGUCUGCCAGGGCCUCAAGGACCCAUCGGGGGUCCGGGAGAGAAGGGUCCGACCGGAAAGCCAGGCCUGCCGGGAAUGCCAGGAGCUGACGGGCCACCGGGUCACCCAGGAAAAGAGGGACCAUCUGGUGAAAAGGGAAAUUUGGGACCCAGUGGCCCUCAAGGCCCACUCGGCUAUCCUGGACCCAGAGGCGUUAAGGGAGCUGAUGGAGUCCGUGGUCUGAAAGGAACCAAGGGUGAAAAGGGAGAAGAUGGCUUCCCUGGAUUCAAGGGGGAUAUGGGCAUUAAGGGUGACAGGGGAGAACUGGGACCUGCUGGACCCAGAGGCGAGGAUGGCCCUGAGGGUCCUAAAGGUCGUUCUGGGCUUCCUGGAGAUUCCGGUCCACUUGGACCUAAUGGUGAUAAGGGCAAGCUUGGUGUUCCAGGGUUGCCAGGUUACCCAGGUAGACAAGGUCCAAAGGGAUCUCAGGGAUUUCAAGGUUUCCCAGGAGCGAAUGGAGAAAAAGGAACAAGGGGUACAUCAGGAAAGGCUGGGCCAAGAGGGCAGAGGGGACCCACAGGUCCACGAGGAGAAAGGGGUCCAAGGGGUCCAACAGGAAAGGCCGGGCCGAAGGGCAACUCAGGAAGCGAUGGACCUCCUGGACCUCCUGGCGAAAGGGGUGUUCCAGGGCCUCAGGGUCCAACCGGAUUCCCCGGACCAAAGGGCCCACCUGGACCUGCCGGAAAAGACGGACUUCCUGGACACCCUGGGCAGAGAGGUGAAACCGGCUUCCAAGGCAAGACUGGACCCCCCGGCCCGCCAGGUGUUGUUGGACCUCAGGGCCCUACAGGUGAAACUGGACCAAUGGGAGACCGGGGCCACCCAGGACCUCUUGGGCCCCCUGGUGAGCAGGGCCUUCCUGGAGCUACAGGGAAAGAGGGAGCCAAGGGAGACCCUGGUCCCGCUGGCCCAGCUGGUAAAGAUGGCCCCCCUGGUUUGAGAGGCUUCCCUGGAGAACGAGGCCUGCCUGGUCCAGUAGGGGCACCUGGUUUGAAAGGGAAUGAAGGACCCAACGGCCCACCUGGACCUGCGGGUUCUCCUGGUGAACGAGGUGCUGCCGGCCCAGCUGGCCCCACUGGACUUCCAGGACGUCCUGGACCCCAGGGCCCUCCAGGCCCAGCUGGAGAGAAGGGUGGACCGGGUGAGAAAGGUCCCCAAGGUCCUGCUGGAAGAGAUGGUGUCCAGGGUCCAGUGGGUCUUCCCGGACCAGCUGGCCCUCUAGGACCCCCUGGAGAGGACGGAGAUAAGGGAGAGAUCGGUGAACCAGGCCAGAAGGGCAGCAAAGGGGACAAGGGAGAACAUGGCCCACCUGGACCGACUGGUCCCCAAGGCCCAAUUGGACAGCCUGGUCCUGCUGGUGCUGAUGGGGAGCCUGGCCCUCGAGGUCAGCAGGGGCUCUUUGGGCAAAAAGGUGACGAAGGUCCCAGGGGUUUCCCUGGGCCUCCUGGCCCAGUCGGGCUGCAGGGUUUGCCUGGGCCUUCAGGUGAGAAGGGUGAAACCGGAGACGUUGGCCAAAUGGGCCCACCUGGUCCCCCUGGCCCAAGAGGGCCCUCUGGCCCCCCUGGAGCAGAUGGUCCCCAAGGCCCCCCAGGUGGCAUCGGUAACCCUGGAGCUGUGGGAGAGAAGGGUGAAUCUGGUGAAACGGGAGAGCCUGGUCUUCAAGGAGAUGUUGGCCCACCAGGUCCCAGAGGUGAACGGGGAGAGAAGGGUGAAGCUGGUCCUGCUGGCUCUGCUGGCCCUCCUGGUCCAAAGGGUCCUCCUGGGGACGAUGGUCCUAAGGGCAGUCCUGGUCCAAGUGGUUUCCCUGGUGAUCCUGGUCCUCCUGGAGAGCCUGGACAGCCUGGUCAGGACGGUCCUGCUGGUGACAAGGGAGAUGAUGGAGAGGCUGGUCAACCCGGUUCCCCUGGACCAACUGGUGAGUCCGGACCUUCUGGCCCACCUGGAAAGAGAGGCCCCCCUGGGGUUGCUGGACCUGAAGGAAGACAAGGUGAAAAAGGUGCCAAGGGUGAGCCAGGUCUGGAGGGUCCACAAGGCAAGACGGGCCCUGUGGGUCCACAAGGGUCUCCAGGCAAGCCAGGUUCUGAAGGCCUCAGGGGCAUUCCUGGUCCAGUUGGUGAACAAGGCCUCCAUGGGGCACCAGGCCCUGAUGGACCUCCUGGACCUAUGGGUCCACCUGGUUUACCUGGUCUGAAAGGAGACUCUGGUAUUAAGGGAGAAAAGGGCCAUCCGGGUCUCAUCGGUUUGAUUGGACCCCCGGGCGAGCAGGGCGAGAAGGGUGACCGGGGUCUUCCAGGCCCACAGGGAACAUCAGGUCCCAAAGGCGACAAUGGUAUUUCUGGCCCGUCUGGUCCACUCGGCCCCCUCGGCCCUCCUGGCUUACCGGGUCCCCCUGGUCCUAAGGGUGCAAAGGGCUCUUCGGGUCAGACUGGUCCAAAGGGUGAGUCCGGUGUUCCUGGGCCCCCUGGACCUCCCGGACCUCCAGGCGAUGUCAUCCACCCCCUGCCCAUCCAGGCCAGCCCUAAGAGGAGCAAGAGGAGCAUCGAUGCCAGCCAGAUGAUGGACGACGAGGCCAACCCCGAGAACUACAAGGACUACGACGACGGCAUGGAAGAGAUUUUCGGCUCGCUCAACUCCCUGAAGCUGGAGAUCGAGCAGAUGAAGCACCCACUGGGCACCCAGGCCAACCCCGCCCGCACCUGCAAGGACCUGCAGCUCUGUCACCCCGACUUCCCUGAUGGUGAAUACUGGAUUGAUCCUAACCAGGGUUGCUCUCGUGACUCCUUCAAAGUUUACUGUAACUUCUCAGCUGGAGAGAGCUGCAUCUACCCAGACAAGAAGUCAGAAGGAGCUAGGCUCACUUCCUGGGCAAAGGAGAUUCCCGGGUCCUGGUUCAGUGAAUUCAAACGUGGUAAACUGCUUUCCUACAUGGACUCAGAGGGCAACCCCAUCGGUGUGGUCCAGAUGACCUUCCUGCGGUUGCUGAGUGCCUCUGCCCGGCAGAACCUCACCUACAACUGCUACCAGUCAGUGGCCUGGCACGACUCAGAAGCGGACACCUACGACAAGGCCAUCCGCUUCCUGGGCUCCAAUGACGAGGAGAUGUCCUACGACAACAAUCCCUACAUCCGCACCGUGGUAGACGGCUGCGCGUUGAAAAAGGGCUAUGAAAAGACUGUACUUGAGAUCAACACACCAAAGGUGGAACAAGUGCCUUUUGUUGACAUCAUGUUCAAUGAUUUUGGCGGAGCCUCCCAGAAGUUUGGAUUUGAAGUGGGGCCUGUCUGCUUCAUCGGAUGAGACUGUUGCUGAACAAAAAUAUAAUAACUCAACAAAACACACAGCAAAAAUAUAUAUAUAAAAACAUCACAUUUGUAAAAUGUUGUGUCUCCAAAAAGAAAAAAAAAUUAAAGACAAGGAAACAAAUAAUUCAAUAAAAGAAUAAAAAGACAACCUUGUAACCUCAGUGUACCUUCUCCAUCACAUGCAGGUUUUGAAACUGGAUGAGCCAGUUGUUCGCUACCAUUCCGCACUAGCCACCAUGCAUCCACCCGCCCCAUGUCUCUCUCUGCCUCAGAGUCCCAGCACUCGUGUUAUAAGUCACCUUGUCCCCAUUGCCUUGAGACAAACUUGGGAACCUUACACGUUCAAAAGGCAGGACUUACCAUGGCCUCCACCUUAAAUGGCAGUUUGUUUUCUUCCUUCUUCAUUGAGUUCUUCAAGCUUCAUUUUGUGCAUAUUGUCAACCCAUUCCCUGGAAUGGUGCUUAUAUAUAUAUAAAUAUAUUUUUUGUAUGUUUGUAAGUACGUUUUGUAUAUUUUUCCUGGUAUUGUUUAUUGAUUCCGGCUUCAAAACAUGCAUGUGACAUUUAUAUUGUAAGGAUGGAGAUGAUAAUUUUUUGAAUAUAAUUAAAAGAUGGACAGAAAUUAAUUGGAUGUGAAAAAGUCCUGUCCUGUCGUGCUUCAGGUGUCAAGCACAUGUAAAUUAAAAAAACAAAUGAUAAUAAAAGACAGAACAGCACACAGUGCUAUCAUGUGAACAUUAAUCUUCAAACAAAAAUUGUUUUCUCACUAAAAAGGACUUUCCUCUUUGUCUUCCGCCCUCUUUAAAAUCGCUGUUGUAAACUUGCUUCCGUAUAGUUGCAGAUUAUUAAUUUAAGGUGGUUAAGGCUUUCUCAUUUUUCAAAACUUCCAUAUUUGUUCUAUAAAAAUAUAUGCAAUGGGAGAUUAUAUAUGGGAGGGAUAUCACAUUAUUAUGGAAUAAAAAGACACAUAGGUGCUAUUUUGAAUUCCGUCUGUGGUGCUAUGUAUUUUGUUUUUUCACUUUUUUUAAUGUAAAGAAAAACACUGGUGAUGUCCAAGCCAUUACCAUGUCUCCCAAAACAUUCUUAUCUCUCACCUCCUUCAUGAAAAGGUUAUCAUGGUGCCGUUGUAGGGAAUUAUUGUUAUGCAUGACAUUAUUUCAUACUCAUACAUACAGUAGGAACCAUUCUUUGUUGUCGUUUCAGCUUGUAUGGCCCAUGUAGAAACUAGGCAUCUGCAACAACUGCCAUAUUAGGUUUGCAAUAAUAGCAGAUUGUAAUGGAUUGCUGAAUGUGGUGCUAAGUUAUAUACGCCAUCCUCAGAAGCAGACAUCUGGGAAUAUGUUGGAAAAAAUGCUAUUUCUUUGCAUGGUGGCUUCUGGAUAUUUUGUGAAUGGAUCUCAGCGAGCAGAUAUGUGCAAUGGUCUCUCUCUCUCCACAAUUAGCCACCACCAAUGCUUACACUUAGCUAUAAUAUUUGAGAAAACUCUUUAUGGAGCUUUUUCUGAUUGUGUGGCAAUAAACAUCUAUGAGAAUCCCAAAGUGCCUGGUGGAAAAGUGAAAAUUUUAUAGUGUAUGUACCAGAAAUCUUAAGAUUCCCCACUAAGCUUUCCAAUAACUUAAGUUUGCCCCAGUUGACAAACUUGAAAGCAAAGAAGGCUUGUGGUCCAUUGGUUUUUAAAUAGGACUGCAGGUUGUCAUCAUGUGUAGAUCAGUUUUAAUUUUGUGUUAUAAUUUCCCUUGCAUUUACAGUAUGUAACCUGAAAAGAUCCCCACCUGAUCACCUGUAAAAUACCUGUAAAAUGGAGGGUACAGACCAAAAUGAUGUGAUCAUGUGGCCAACAUGAUUCCUUUUUUGUUAAAAUUUCUUUCUGAUACUCCCCUCCGGACACACACGCCCUCGCUACAGUGUAUUCUGUUCAAGCAGCGCACUUUUCUGAACUUGCCGUAGACCACUCAGCAACUAUCACAUGCAAACAAUUUACUGUCCUACAUUGAUAACUUGUUUGUUUUUUUUCAGUUUUUGUCUGUGACUUGAACCAUUUUUUGUAAUUAAACUACACCUACAGAGCAUGGAUUUUGGUGCAGCAGGCCCAGUUUUAAGUAUUGCUGUCAACAGAGCAUUCUUGUAAAAAAAUUUUGAACCAGCAGAAAUGCUGCCAAUAAAGUUUUUGUUUUGUUUAUUUUGUUUGUGCGUUUUUAAAGUCUUGUCAAACCUGUGUAAGAAAGGACAGAAGAUAUAUUGGUGUUUAUGUCAAUAAAUUCAAGUUUACUGUGCCCUUCCACUCCUUUGAGGUGUGUAUCUUGUAUGUCUUUUAAAGCAUUAAAACUUACCUGUAUGCAUGAA